AUGGCCACCUAUGCCAAGGAGCUUGAGGUCGCGCAGCUGGCCGUGCAGCGCGCCGCCAUCCUGACCAAGCGCGUCUUCAAUGAGAAAGCCAAGGGCACCGUCUCCAAGGACGACAAGUCUCCCGUCACGAUCGGCGACUUUGGAGCCCAGGCACUUAUCAUCUCCGCCCUCAAGGCUAACUUUCCCGAAGAUGAGAUCGUCGCCGAGGAGGAGGCGGAUGCUUUGCGCGAGGACGAGGCUCUCAAAAAAACCAUCUGGGAGCUGGUUAGCACGACGAAGCUGAGCGACGAACAGGCGGAAAAGACCCUCGGCGGGGCCAUUGGCAGUGUCGAGGAGAUGCUGGAGCUGAUCGACAGGGGCAAGAGCAAGGGCGGCGAUAAGGGCAGGAUAUGGGCCAUCGACCCCAUUGACGGCACCAAGGGCUUCCUGCGUGGCGGCCAAUACGCCGUCUGCUUGGCUCUGAUGGUCGACGGCGACGUCAAGGUCGGCGUCCUCGGCUGCCCAAACCUGCCCGUCGACGACAGCGCCCCGCUGACCGCCGACUUGGGAACCAACGCGACCGACGAAGGCCGUGGCGUCCUCUUCUCCGGCGUCCAAGGCCAGGGCGCCAACAGCCGGCCGCUGGCGACGGGUGGAUUGGCCGAUCCCAUCAAGAAGAUCUCGAUGAAGCCGCUGGCGGACAUGGCGAGCGCGACUUUUUGCGAGAGCGUCGAGGCCGGCCACUCGUCUCAGGGAGAGGCGGCUCAGAUUGCGCAGAAGUUGGGCAUCACCAACCCCAGCGUCAGGAUGGAUUCGCAGGCCAAGUAUGGCUCGAUUGCGCGCGGAGCCGGUGAUAUCUACCUCCGGCUGCCCACGAGCAAGACAUACCAGGAGAAAAUCUGGGAUCACGCUGCCGGUGACCUGAUCGUGCGUGAGGCCGGUGGACAGGUUACCGACACCGAGGGUAGGAGGCUCGACUUUAGCAAAGGCCGGACCCUCGCCGAGAACAAGGGUGUUGUGGCCGCUCCAGCAGCUGUGCACGACAAGGUGCUGAAGGCUGUCCAGGAGGUUUUGGGCAAGAAUUAG